GCAGAUGCGCGCCGACCUUGGAGUCUCCAAGCGCGCAGCGGUGGAUUUUGCGCACUGGAGUCAAGUAGAGCUGAAGGAACGAUCUGCUUGACUGACCGCAGUCAUUGGCACCGGCGGUUCGGGACUCAUUUGGUAGAAUUUCACGACGCACAGAGACAACUUCUUGCUCAAAUCGCUCCGGAUUAAAAAGAAGAAAAGUGUUCGGCGGGAUUUGAAACUUAGACAACUAAGUCGCUGUUUGAAGGCGCCUCAUUAGAGGAAAUUCCAGCAUCCUGAGAGACGGGGACGUUUAAAGAGGAUUGUAGAACUCUUUGCUGGAUUGAACAGGAAGGAUUCCAGCGCGAGGUAUCUGUAAAUUUGCAGAACAGUGAUAUUAGCGAUGUUUCAGCGGCAUGCGCGUCUUCUACUCUCCAAGUCUUUCAGAGAGGAUUUAACCGCCGCUCAUCUUGACUAAAACUGACGAGUCGCUGAAGAUGAGAGCCCUGCAAACAUUAUUGCUGUUUUUUCUCCUGCACCAGGUCGCAUGCAGGAAAGUGCAUGGAGGCGCCACAGAACUCAUCGAGUGGAGGGACAGUGAUAGCGAACAGAAGAUUUCUCCCACGGGGGUGAGAUCACGGAUUCUCAACCCCCUGCGUUUGUUUGCCAAGGGCUCCCCUGAGCUCAAGAGCAACAUGAGGGAAAUGACACAUUUACAGAACAUGGAGGACUUUUGGGACUGGUUAUCUAACCAGACAGAUGUUCAGGGUGCACAGGCCAGAACUAAACGCAGACCCAUCGUGAAGACUGGCAAAUUCAAAAAGAUGUUUGGGUGGGGGGACUUCCACUCAAACAUCAAGACAGUCAAGCUCAACCUACUGAUCACAGGAAAGAUCGUGGACCACGGGAAUGGCACAUUUAGCGUUUACUUCCGCCACAACUCCACCGGAAUGGGGAAUGUCUCCGUGAGCCUGGUGCCACCUUCCAAAGUCGUGGAGUUCGAGAUCGCCCAGCAGUCAACACUGGAGACCAAAGACACCAAGUCCUUCAACUGUCGCAUUGAAUACGAGAAGACGGACCGCAACAAGAAGACCGCCCUGUGUGGCUUUGAUCCGUCCAAGGUGUGCUAUCAGGAGCACACGCAGAGCCACGUGUCAUGGCUGUGCUCAAAACCGUUCAAAGUCAUAUGCAUCUACAUUGCCUUUUAUAGUGUGGACUAUAAACUGGUGCAGAAGGUAUGCCCUGACUACAACUACCACAGCGACACACCUUACUCCUCCACAGGAUGACCUAGCUCUUGGCGUGCAGCAGCCUUUGGUUACAUCUCCAACCGAUGUAAAUGUCAAACUCUAAGGUUUCAGUCCACAAAACACCCGAGUCUGCUGAAAGAAAGUCAACUCGAUGAGGACAAACACACUUCAAAUAUUUGAAAAAAACCUCUGUAAAUAUAGCAGUUGUAUCCAGUAAAAAAAAAAAAAAAAAAAUAACAGACAGUUUGGUCCUUUGAGACUUGGUUUUAAGGGUUUGACAAAGUAAAAGGCAGUGCUAGCUCCCAACCCUGCAUAAAUCCUCCCCACAACAGCACAUGUUCGCUGAUGUAAUUAGUGUGUUGUCCAGAUGUUUUCUUCAAGGCUAGACCAUGGGCAAAAUGUUGCACCAAUUAAAAGUGCAAACCUGGAAUCUGGCAGUGCUGGAGCCAAAAACUGUCACCUAAUUGAGAUAGUCAUUUAACAUACGAGACAAGAUUUUGAUGCAUCUUAAAAUUCUCUUUAAAAAAAACUCUGGCAUUUAAAAAGGCAUACAUUAAUGAAAUGUUCAUGUCAGGAUAUGGUAUUACAAAAACAGAGAAUGGAUUCAAAGUUUGACUUUGAACUAGAGCGGAUAUCUAUUUGUGCAUUUGGAAAAGUCAAAAAGGAUAGUGUUUUACUUCAAAAUUAUCCAAUAAGUGUCUCAAAGAUUUGAAUAAUUAUUAAUAUUUAGGAACAUCUUUUGUUAAAUUUCUUACAUAUGUAUUAAUAUGAUCAAAAUGACUAAUUAAGCCUAUUCCAGUGUACACAUGACAAAAUACACAGAUCAAUUUACAGAUUUCUGGAGGUUUAUAGUGCAUAUAAUGCCCUGCAAACAUUCUCAUACUGCUUGAAGUUUUCCACAUUCAGCUGCCUUGGAUCAAUUCCUUGUAGAACCUUCUUUCAUUGCAGUAGCAGCUGCAGGACUUUUGGAGUGUCUACUAGCUUUGCAAAUCAAGAAUUAUUUCUUUCUGUGCUUAGAGCAUUUCUGGACCUUGCCUGAGAAUUUCUAACACAUGAAUAUGCUGUGAUUUUACUCCAGAUCUGAUUAUAUGUUUACGGCACUUGUCCUACUGAACCUCCACCCGAGCCUCGUGUUUUUUUCAGCAUUGCCCAAUAUUUCUCUCCAUCCAUCUUUCCAUCAAGUCUGAGCAGCCUCUCCACAGCAUGAUGCUGCCACCACCUUGUUUAAUAGUAAUUUAGGUUUAUGUCAAGAUGACAUUGUGCAUGUAGACCACAGUAUAUUUUUUGUUGUAAAUCCUAAAGAGCUUAUGUCAAACUGUGCAUAAAACCCCUUAAGGUUUUAGUUAAAAAAUGUCUUUCUUCUAAUUGCUCAUCUAUAAAGGCCAAAUUUGUGACGUACACAGCUAAUAAUAAUAAUAACAAAUCCUUUUCCUCCAUGUGGUUUAAAAAACCACAUGGGUCAUUCACUUCUGGGUCAUUCACUUCUGAGGGCAAUUUAGAGCAAACAAAUAACCUUAUAUGCAUAGUUUUAGACUGCAGGAGGAACCCAGAGUAUCCAUGCAAAACCCACACACAGCUGCACCAGUGUUCAGCCUAACUAAUACUAAUUUUAAUAGUGCUUUUAACAUAUUCUUGCUCCUGAGCUGUGGAUCUCUGAAAUCAGUUGCUAUGUUACCACUGGUCUAUCCUACUGUUUAUGUAACAUCUGAAGCAAAUCGGUUGCACUGGAUUUUUGUCAGUGUUAGAGUAAAGGAAACUAAAUAUAGAUGCAGACAGUACUUUUGAGAAUUCGUUUUGAAAACAAAAACAAAGUACAGUUUCUUUCCUUCGUUAGUUAUGCACUGCUUUUUUAAGAUGCUACUUCACUUAAAAUCUCUAUAAAAUACACAAAUAUUUGUCUUUACAAUGUGGGAAAAUGUGGAGAACUCCAAGGGGUAUAAAUACUUUUGCCAGGCACUAUUAUGUAUUUCAGUUCUCCUGUGUUGAUUGCCGCAAUUAUCCCAAGGCAUGUGUGUGCUAAACCGGUCUGAAAUCCAACAUCUGUGUUUGCAGGAUGCACUUUGAGGCAGCAGCCUGCCGAGCGAGCCAUGCAGUGGAUUAAUGUGUCAGGAGAGAAGGGGAGAGGGAUGCAAUAAUUGCAGGACAGGUGGAUUUAGUGAGUCUGGCAGACAAUUAUCAGCACUUUGUCAUGGUCCUGCUACCAGCCCUGACAUUACCUGUCUUUAAUAGGCUUUAAUUAGCCUGGGAAUUUCUAUUCACCAAGAGGAGAGAGACUGAAAAAGGAAAGAAAAUGAGCAGAAGUUGGAAAAAAAAACACACAAAAAAAAAACCUUGUCUGCGAUUUCAAGAAGUGGGAAUGUAUUUGGAAAAAAAAAUCCUGGCUUUUUCCCAAAUGUACAGGAAGCUUAAUCUAGCAGACUUAAAGUGGAAAAGAAGCAGUUUAGCAGUACACGGUGUAAUGUGCUUUGACAUUGCAAUCACCCAGACAGUUUUAAAAGGUUUUGUUGAAACGCACCAUCACACGGAAAGCCGUAGAUUGCAUUGCUUGCACACAUCCUGGGUUUUAGGUUAGGGCAUGUGCCACAGAUGACACUGCAAUUAUUUCAGCCGAUGCUACUUCAUGGUCCCAUCAUCUGUAAAUGAUCCUGUCACCUUGUUGGUGAGGUGUAUGAUAAAUCAGUCAAUCUACAGUGAAAUGAUAUUUUUAGUUUUACUCCUCGUGUCGAUGCUGUGUACUACUUGUAAUUACAACCAGACGUGUUUAAUUAUGGCUUCAAAGUAAAUGAUGUCAGUUUAUUUACAUUUUUCCUUAAGGAUAUUUCACAAUGUGUACCCCUCCUCAUUUCUGGUGUUUUAUCAUGAUUAUCAUGUACAUAAAUGUUUAAAUUAUUGUCAACUGUUACAUAUCGUUUUAUUUCCCCAUUUCUGUGUUUUACAGUGUUCCUGUUUUGGUUACCUGCUUGGGUAAACUUGCUUAAAAUCUACUCCUGUAAAAUAGGGAAAAAAAUAUCCGUGAUUGCACAUGUUCAUUUUCACAGGAAAUUCAUUUUGUUAACAUUUAAUGGUUGAAGAUCACUUUAAAUCUUUAUGGCAUUAAACCUUAUAAGAAAUUGGCUCCCCAGCAUCUUGUCACGCUGAGUCUCCACGGUCUAUUGGCGCUCAGAGUUGUCUCGUUUCAUUCCUGAAAGGCCUUCUCAACAGGAUAAACACACCAUUUUUAAGAGGUACAUUUCGGUGUAGCUUUUUAAUGGGCAAUAAAUCUGUGUCCACAGGCGUGGAUGAUACCAGAGGUACACCUCAGGGAGCACAUCCAUUUUGCUGUGGCCAUCAGGGACAGGGGUCUUUUCAUUCGCUUCCAUUACUCUUAUCUGAUCAGGAUGAGGCACCUACUCCUUCAGCAUCAAGUCACACCAGGCUCCCCCGCUGCACUCAUCCAAAUCCCUUAAAACCAUGCUGAUAUGUAUUUCUAUUUUCAUGCUUCACCUCUCUUAGUAUUGGCGUUUAGACUGCACACUUAUAAGACCAUAAAAUUAGUUUACAUAAUUUAUAGCUUCAUUUAAAUACCAGUAACACGUGGAAAUGUAUUGACAUCAAUUGCAAAGUUUGUUCUAAACCACAAAAAGUAACUGAACAUUACACCAUGCCAUUGCCAGUUCUAAAAUAGAUUUUCAGUGCCUAAAGCCAUAGUGAGAAAGGAAAUAUAGUGUGGGCCAAACAAUGUAUAAAAAAUAAUAAUAAAAAGGAAGUAUGACUGUUA